AGAACUUCUAGCACAAAAAAAAUAUUCCAAUUUCAAAAUAAUACAGAAAUCCAUAGUUGGUAUUCGAAAAUGACACCAUAAUCAACAUCCGUUUUACGUUUUUUCAACAGCGCAACGAAAUCCAGCUCAUAUAAUACAGAUUUACAGACAAAGAUUCGUUACAACCCAAUUCAUCUAAUUAAUCACACAUUCAAUCCAUCCAUGGAUAUCCACCUCCCAUUAUUCAUCAAUUAUUUGACGGCGGCCCUCCUUGUUAUCACGUUUCUCAUCUUCUCAAUAAUCAAACUAUUUACAAAGCCCAACAACCUGCCCCCGAGCCCAACAAGAUUGCCCGUGCUAGGCCACCUCCACCACCUGGUAGGCGCCGGGCUUCCCCACCAGGCCCUAACCAAAGUCGCUCAAAAAUACGGCCCAGUCGUGCUCCUCCACCUCGGGCAGGUCCAGGCUGUCGUGAUCUCCUCCCGAGACGCGGCCCAUCAGGCCCUCAAAACCCACGACCCGGCCUGCGCGGACCGGCCCGAAAGCAUCGGGAGCCGCAUCAUGUGGUACGACCACGCGGACAUCGUGUUCAGCCCGUACAACGAUUACUGGCGACAGAUGCGCAAGAUCUGCAUCCUCGAGCUCCUCAGCACUAAAAACGUGAGGUCGUUCGGGUCGAUCAGACGAGACGAGAUGUCCCGUCUGGUCGAGUCCCUAAGGUCGUGCUUGGGAGAGCUCGUGAACUUUACGGAGAGGAUUUACGGGUACACGAGUUUGGUUUCGUGCAGAGCUGCGUUUGGGAAAGCGGUGGUUGGGGAGGGGCGGCGGGAGGCAUUGGUGGGGAUGUUGAAAGAGGCGGUGGCGAUGGCUGGGGGGUUUGAGGCGGCGGAUUUUUUUCCGGGGCUUCGUGUGGUGAGUUGGAAUAGGUAUCGGCUGGUGAGGAUGAGGCGGAAGAUGGACGGGAUACUUGACGGGAUAUUGGAGCAGCAUAGGGUGAAAAGGAGUGGGGAGUUUGGUGGGGAGGAUAUUGUGGAUGUGUUGUUGAGGAUGCACGGUAAUGAGGAGGAGGAGCUUCAGUUUCCUAUCACCAACCACAACAUUAAGGCAGUCAUCUUUGACAUGUUCUCUGCCGGAACAGAGACAUCCUCAAAUGUUCUUGAUUGGGCCAUGGCCGAGCUCAUGAGGAAUCCACAUGUUAUGUCCAAAGCACAAGCAGAAAUAAGAGAGGCCUUCAAGGGAAAGACCACAAUUGAAGAAAACGAUGUGCAAGCUCUAAAAUAUCUAAAAUUAGUUAUCAAAGAGACUCUCAGACUGCACCCUCCAAUAGCAUUGCUCCCGAGAGCAUGCAGAGACGAACGCAUAGUCGACGGUUACACGAUCCCACUCAAAUCGAGAGUUAUGGUCAACAUAUGGUCAAUGGGUCGAGAUCCCGAGUACUGGCCAGAGCCCGAGAUAUUCAAGCCCGAGAGAUUCAAAGAUGGUUCAGUGGAUUUCUUGGGAAACCACAUGGAGUUCAUCCCAUUUGGGGCGGGAAAGAGGUUUUGUCCGGGCAUGAAUUUUGGGUUGGCCAAUGUUGAGUUGCCUUUGGCACAACUUUUAUACUAUUUUAACUGGAAAUUGCCUCAAGGGAUGGGCCCAGAUGACGUGGACAUGACUGAGGCUGACGGGCUUGCAGUCCCUAGAAAGAAAGAGCUUUUCUUAGUUCCCUUGAUAUUUGGGCCUUCCAUUGGAGACUAGCAGUAAUUCUUUUUACAUGCAUGUCUUGUGACAGUCCUUGAGAAAUCUGGUUGCUAUCUUACAUCAUGAUGAGAUUUCCUAUUUUGAUUUCAUCUUAAUAUGUAUAGCACAAUAUAUUUACAGGUUCUCAAACUUGAAUGAAGAGUGUUAUUGCAAUCUUUACG